AUGAGUGAAGUUCAAGGGCAGCAGCGAUACCAAGUUCUAAAGCACAAAUACGUUGGUUUGGGCCGAGAGCAUACUACCCAGGAAGAAUGGUUAUCUAACGUGCAUAGAGAUACUUAUCAUAGUUUACAGGCCCAUUCAGGUCUACUAGAGUACCUUGCGCUGGCGCAAGGUAGUUCCAGUAAACGUCAAACAAAGAUCCAACUGAUAAAGAAGAUGGACCAAAAUAAAUCUAGGCCCAAUGAGAGUUGA